AAACUUCUAUCAUGUAACUAUAAACAGCUGCGGCUAAAUUUUGUUACAAUUAUUAAUGAGUUAAGUCUUGUUUUUUAUGGAUAUGGAAUUUCCGAGGGUUAGGGGGUGGCCAAGUAGAAAAAUCAUGGAAAUUCCAGGGGGUGGGGGGAAUACUGUGAAGCCCCCUGGAAUGGAAAAUCUUGAGGGGUGGGGGUCAACCUGGAAAAAAACCUCCGUGGGGGGGGGGUAUGGAUAUUUUCUGGAACCACACAUUUUUAUCAGGGAAAAGUCAAAGGAUACCUAUGGCAACCAUGAUUUCACCUGUGAGUGCUUUUGUUUCAGCAGCAGAGCCUGUGAUCACGAAGCUGCCAAGGAAAUGUUUACAGUUCUACAAGCUAAAUCACUCAUACAUUUAACUCCAGCCGCUACCCAGUCUAACAAGGGGGGGGGGGUAGCCAGGGGGUCCUGGGUGCCUGUGACCCCCCAUCUGUAAGCCUUUUUUUAAGCAAACAACCUCCAACAGUAAAUGCCCGGACAAUCUGGAAUAAAUGCCAGUUGUGUUACUCAUUUGGAAUCCAGCAAGCCUGAAUUGCGGCAACUAAGAAAAGUCACUGAUAUUGACAAGCGGAAGCUUAGAGGUCUAGCAAACAAGGAAAUGGUUGAUGAGAUCUUGAAAGUCAAAAGUAUGGCAAAUGAACUUAAAAAAUACCAAAGAGGACGUGGAAGAGGAAAGAAAAGAUCACAAAUCCAUGAAGCAUGUGAAGUGUUUGGUCAAGAAGCAAAAAGACUUCGUUCAAGUCCGCUCAAUGGACAGAUUAUUGAAAAAACUCUUCUCUCUGGACUUCCUUGCCAAAGUCCUAAAAGAGACACCAUCAAGAAAGGUGGCAAAAAGUCCCCAGGUCACAUAGGAAAGAAUGGUUUGACUCGGUCACUCAUAGCAGAGCUAGGUGAUGAUGAAGUAUCAAGAUUAACACGCACCACUCGUAUGCAUGGUGUCCUAGAUGAGUGUGUGUCUGUCCUUAAAGAAGGAAGUGUCUGGAAAAUCACUUUGUGUAGUGAAAAAAAGAAAAAUGCUUUGACUACUGAGAUGUGUGAUCAACUUGCUGGUUUUCUUCAUGAAGCAUCCAAAGAAGAACAUGUCAGUAUUGUUGUACUGACAGGAGCUGGGGACAGCUUCUGUAGUGGCCUGGAUUAUCAACAGUUGAUCAUGACACAUCAACGCCAGGAGGCCAAAAGGAUGGUGGAAAAAUUCAAACUUUUAGUUGAGAUGUUGAUCAGUUUCCCAAAAGUUCUGGUAGCAGCUGCAAACGGAAACACCUUGGGUUUUGGUACGGCCCUUCUGGCUUUGUGUGAUGUGGUGUAUGCUAAUAAUAAGGCAGUGUUUCAGACAUGUUUUACCAAGUGGGGUCAUCCACCAAUAGGAUGCUCAUCUACUGUUCUCUCAUCCUUACUCGGGAGAACUGGGGCUAUGUCAAUGCUGUUGUUGAACCACAAAAUGGCAGCCACAGAAGCAUGGGAGAAUGGACUUGUGAUGGAGGUUUUGAAACCUGGUAAUUUUAUGGAACAGGUUGACAGCAGGGUUAAAGCUAUGACUGCUAUGCCUAAUAAGGUACUGCAAGAUACAAAGUCCCUUAUCAAACAUCCAGAUCAGGAAACUCUUCGAGACACAAACUCUGAAGAAUGUAAAUUAUUUCUUAAAUACCUUGGAGAUGAUAAAGUGUUAGACACUCUAAAAGCAAACUGGCUUCCUGAUGUUGUUUCUCCAUAGUUAUAUCUAUAGUAAACCAUUCUGUUCCUCUUUUUCCACUUUGCGGUGUUUAAAAAUUUUAGAAUUUUGCCAGAAUGUUUUAAAACCUAACAUUUUUAAUUUAAAAAAAAAGUAGAUUUAGCCAGCAACUUGCAAAUUGAUGUUGCUGUAGUUGUAAAGUCUUAUUAAAUAAUGCUUACACAUAACAUUUUAUUUCACGAUGAUUACUGUGUGCUUUAUGUUCUAGAUUACUGGCUGACUUAUGUGUUUUUUUUUUUUGUUAAGACCUUUUGAAUGCUUAGAAUGAAUAGUCCUCUAUUGACAAUUUUUUUUGUGUGAGUGUUACAAAAGGGCUGUUGACUUGUCCGCUUAACAUCCAUUGUUUAAUAGUGAUUCUUGUGGCUGGCUACACAACGUUGGGACUUUGUAGUAUUUUACGUAGUAUGAACACCUUGAGACGUAGAAUAUCUAUCUUUUUAGAAAUACAUUUAGAAAGUAUCAGUGCAUUAUUUUGACACCUUUAAAUUUUACUUAAAAACUUACAGUAUUAUUUUAGCACAGUUAACUCCCCUGACUAACGUAACAGUGAUUGGGAAAUUGCUUAAUAUGCAAUAAAUGCUUUUAAACUAAAUUAAAAUUGUUUUUAAAAGUUUAUAGAGCAGUGUUGAAGAUUUUAGACGUGCCGGUUAUGCCAGUUCCUCUUUGAUUACAUCUUGCGAAAUUUAAUCACUCAUGACCCUUGUUGAACAAGUUUGACUUUGCAUUUCUGUCGAGUGAAUUUCAUCUGUUUAUUAUAUAGUCCUAUUUUAUAGUUUUAGGUAUGAGAUUUUUACUAUUGAAAACUUUAGACUACGUAUUUUCGAUUAAUUUGUUCGUCUGGGACUGAUUGUUUUAAUUUACACAGCGCAUACGCAAUUAUCAUUCUGUAAUUUCUGUUUAGAUAAGGUUUCUACAAGGUUCAAUAAAGAUAGAUUGAACAAUU